AUGGGUUCUACAGAGUUUCUAUCUUCAAGUGUUAUGGCUUUGAUUCUGAACAUGAAUAUUUUCUUUUUCUUGCAGUCUCGUCCUUUUCUUAAAGAUCGGAAGAAGUUUGUCCAGAUGGCAGACCCGCUAUUAGAGGGGCGCUUCUCUGUCCGAAGUCUACAUCAUGCAGUUGCAAUUACUGCAAUGUGUCUUCAGGAACAAGCAAGUUUCCGCCCUGCCAUCACCGAUAUUGUUACAGCACUUGAAUACCUAGCUUCUCAGACAGGUAGCUCUGAUCAUCAUAAAGGUGGAUACUUAAAUCAGAUAUCAUCACCACCAUUGAGAAGACGAGAUCUUGAAAAUGCUUCUUUUGAUGUUUUAACCACAAGCUUCUAA